AUGGACGGGCCAUGGGUUGGGUAUCAGCUCCCCGUGAGAAAGGUCUCGUGGCUGAAGCGUGAUACUCUGCUCUUCAACAUCAGUAUUGGAUGCAAAGCAGAUGAGCUUCAUUUUCUCUACGCCGUGAAGGUGAGAAGCGUCGUUGCUCACUUCAUUCCAGUAUUCAAGCUCGACAAUCAAGAAGUCACAGACUUCUAUGCUUCACAAGGGGCCGUCAAGAUACCCGGUGUCCCGGAGCUUGACCCGGUGCGACUCGUUGAUGGAGACCGCACCAUCGAGAUGCUCAAACUUCUGCCCGUCACCUCCGAAGGCAGGCAGUUCGAAUUUCGAUCCAAGAUCGUCGGUGUCUUCGACAAGGGCAAAGCAGGCACAGUGGUCCGGACUGAGCACCUGCUCGUUGAUGCUACCUCGGGCGAGAUCUACACUCGCAACGUGGGCAGCGAGUUUUAUGUAGGGCAGGGUAAUUGGGGUGGACCGAGAGGACCUCCUGCUCAAAGAUAUCCGCCUCCGGAAGGGAAAAACGCCGAUUUGUCGUUUCAAGUCCACAUCGAUGCCCAGAGCUCACAUUUGUACAGGCUUAAUGGAGACUACAAUCCUCUGCAUGCCACCCCAGAGCCUGGUAAACAAAUGGCAUACGGGGGACUUAUUAGCCACGGGGUCUUCGCCUACAAUGUUAUUGCGCAUGAAUUCGUGCGGCGCCUGGGGAAAUCCGAUCCACUUAGCCUCCGACAACUAUCCGCAAGGUUCUCUGGGCCCGUGAAGCCAGGUGACGAUAUAGAUAUCGAGGUCUGGAAUAUUGGGAGGAACUCAGAAGGGUGGGAUCAAAUCCGAUGGUUUGCAAAGGUGGUAGGAAGCGACCGGCUGUGUCUGUCAGAUGGAACUGCCCUGGUGAGACCGCAGUACGAAACUGGUAAAUUAUGA